AUGGAUGGGGUCAAACCAGUGCAAACACCAAUGGCCACUUCGGCUCAACUAUCUCAAUCCACCGGCAAACCACAUGAGGAUGCUACUCUAUACCGCAGUACUGUUGGAGCAUUGCAGUACGCUACCCUAACAAGGCCGGACAUCUCUUACUUAGUAAACAAAGUAUGCAUAUUUUUAAAAGCCCCAACAGAUGACCAUUGGCAGGCAGUCAAGAGCAUUCUGCGAUAUCUCAAAGCCACUGUGUCGCAUGGUUUGCUUCUCUCUCGCAGUUCAUCCAAUCGCCUAAUGGCCUACAGUGAUGUAGAUUGGGCCGGAUGCAUUGAUGAUCGGAAAUCAACAGGUGGGUUCGCCAUUUUCAUGGGCGAAAAUCUAAUAUCAUGGUCUGCUCGAAAGCAACCUACCAUAGCUCAGUCUUCAACUGAGUUCAAGUAUUGA